GCGUAUCGCAUUAUCCUGCGUGUUUCGCGUUAUUCGCGAGUAUGAUUGAGCAGUGCGAGUUUAUCCGCGAGUGUAACGAGAAGUAUUAAGUAUCGUCGCAACGGAUCAACCCUAGAGAGAAGAGAAUGCUGUUGGUAUUGGAUUAUCUGCGAUAAUCGGAAUGAAAAUAUGGUUCGAUGAGCAUACCGCCACCACAAAUACGGAGGAAAAAGGGAGAGUCACACAGUGAGGGAUCAACAAUAUAGUAGUGAAUAUGUUUCAGAAAAAUGGUUAUGUCAUUUUGGAAGACUUCUUUCAACCAGAAGAGAUCGAAGAAUUGAGAGCUUGCGGAGAAGAAUUUACAAAUAAGUUGCCACCUGAGUCAGAACGAAAAGUAUUUAAUACAAUACAAUUACAACAGAAUAAGGAUAAGUAUUUUUUGGAUAGCGCUAAUAAAAUAAGUCUUUUUUUCGAGUCUGAAGCUCUGGAAGAAGAUGGAAAAUUGAAGGUUCAUCCAAGAGUGUCGUUAAACAAAGUAGGUCAUGCUCUUCAUUGGUUACACCCUACUUUCAAAAAGUACACAUUCGAUGAAAGAGUCAAAGAAGUUGCUUUUCAAUUAAACUAUGAGGAACCGGUGGUGUGUCAAUCAAUGUACAUUUACAAAAAUCCUGGAAUAGGCUCGGAGGUUACGAUGCAUCAGGACGCAUCGUAUUUAUAUGUUGAGCCAAUGAAACUCGUGGGUUUUUGGAUUGCAUUGGAAGAUGCAACACUAGAGAACGGAUGUCUAUGGAUCGCCCCAGGUUCACAUCAGAGUGGAAUACAUAGGCGUUAUAUGAGAAAUAAAGAUUCAAAUUCUCAAGAAUUACUAAUUUUCGAUAGGCCAGCGCCUUGUUAUCCAUUAAGUAAUUUCAGACCAGUACCAGUACGCAAAGGAACUUGUAUUCUUAUCCAUGGUCAUGUGGUUCAUUUUUCUUAUCCAAACAAGAGUGAAACCUCGAGACACGCUUACACUUUUCAUGUGAUUGAGAUGAAACAUGUAUCGUACUCGAAGGAAAAUUGGCUUCAACCUCCUGCUGAAGGUUUCGCGAGUCUUUAUAAAAAUUAAAUAUAUUGUAUUAACUGUGUUAAGAAAUCCAUUGUUUAUUACACAAUCGUAUUAUACUU